CUCCGACAUGCUUGACGCGUUGAACGCGGAAGUCUUGAAGCGGCAGAAGAAUGAAUCCAGCGAGGAAGCGCGCGUCUUCCUGUACUCGGACAUCCGCAAAUGGGUGCCCGAGUGGGCCCGCUCGGGCCCUCGCGAUUUCGAAGCGGAGGCUGACGGAUCGUCCGGCGCCAGCAAGGACAUUCGUGACCUCGCCAAGGAAGUGGCGGCGGUGAAGAAAGGGCCCGAGAAGAAGGCCUACUUAACCCUCUGCCAGUGGCAACUGGCAUGGAAUCGGCGCCACCUGCCCGUCGCGCGCCCCCCCCGCGCGCCUGCCUGUUAUCGCGCCGCGCGCGGCAGGUACAUGGUCGCGCUGGUCGCCACGGGCCAGCUCACGUGGGCUGAGGUGCAGGCGCAUCGCGACAACUGCUUGAAGGUGGCGGUUCAGGCUGCACGCGCGCGAUUUCUCGUCGCUCUCUGUUCGCCGCGCGUUGCCGCGCAGGCGGCGGCCUCGAAGCGCCGCGUGCACCUCGGUAUCGUGUACGACGAGGAGGCGCGGAAGGCGCGCCCCUGCGUUCGUGCUUGCGCGGCGCCCUGCGUCUGUGCCGGCGCGUGGCAGCUAUGGGCCGAGCAGCUACGCUCGGGGGGCCCAGAUUUCAAGCUGGGGAAGACGAUCCUGCGGGUCGACCCGCGCGCCCUACAGCUGGCGCGGGAUGCUUGCGACAAAGAAGACGGCGCCACCCACGCGACGGCACUGGCGGCCCGCGCUCCCGAGAAGGCGCGCGGGGCGGGCGGCGCCAGCCAGCCGCGGCGCGCCGCGCAGAGCUGGAGCAGCGGCUCCUGGGGCAGCGAUUGGCCGAAGGGCCAGAAGCGCGAGCGCUCGCGGGGCAGCGAUUGGAAGAAAAAGGACACGAGGAAGGCACGGACGCCGCCGCGCCCGGCGCAUCGCUGA